UUCAGAACGCUACACAGUAUAUGGUUUUUAUAAUUUUGGAAAAGAUAUACUGAGACAUUUAUUUUGAAGGCAACGCGUCUGUAUUUCGUCAAUUUUUUCCCAAUAGUAUGUAGAGUUACCGCCCUCUAGUGACCAAGAGGACAACAGCUCUCCUCAGAUUCUAAUAUACAUACAGGUGCAUAAAUUAGAAUACAUUCAAAUAAUUCAUUAUUCUGACACGUAAUUAACUGAAAAUCAUAUUCAUUAUUAAGAGUUUAUUUCUGUCGAUGUAUGUCAUGACUAUGAUCUACACUUAUUUAAAAACGAAAAUUAAAUUUCUCAGAAAAAUAAAAUAUGACGAUGGAAACAUAAAAGUGUAUAUAUCAUAGUAUACACAAAUUUAGAAAAGUAUUCACAUCAUAUACCGGACAAAAAAAAUACCCCAACACAAAAAAGCCAUUCCUAAAUGUUACUUCAUCAAAAAAGUAAUAAUUAAAAUUGGUGGGUGUUGUUGUAAUGGGAAAAUACAACUUUUUAAUAGCAAAUUGACAGUCACAACAUGGCCACCGUGCCGUUGUCUCAACAGUAGUGCCUUGGUUUAACCACUAGAUGGCAGCAUAGGUGCGCGUUCCUUUAGGUCCAGGGAUAGGCACUCCAAGGAGUGAGCGGCGGUCUCUCUGAUAGGUUACAGAUGUGCUUCAAAGUGAGCUGCUCAUUUUCAGUCCUGGAAAUCACGUGUCUGUUUUCUUGUGUUCUGGGCUCCGGGGAGAGGCUCUCUCUCAUCCUAUGAUCGCAGUGAAGCAAACUCACUGCACUCCACUCAUUUAGGAGGAGGAGGAGGAGGUGGAGGAGGGGGAAGGAACUGAGCGCAUCGCCGAAUCUGACCGCCGCACCGCUUUUCAUUUUUCUCGAGCUCCCCCUGACAAGAGCCGGCGCGGACGGGAGAAACAUCGGGGGGUCUUGUGUGUGGAGGAGGGUGGACUCAGAGCGCAGCGAUGACGGGCAAAUCUGUGAAAGACGUUGACAGAUACCAGGCGGUGCUCAACUCUCUGCUGGCGCUGGAGGAGAACAAAUACUGCGCCGACUGCGACUCAAAAGGUCCAAGAUGGGCUUCCUGGAAUUUAGGCAUCUUUGUGUGCAUCCGCUGUGCUGGGAUUCAUCGAAAUCUUGGGGUCCACAUCUCAAAGGUCAAGUCUGUCAACUUGGAUCAGUGGACCCAGGAGCAGGUCCAGUGCGUUCAAGAGAUGGGAAACGCCAAGGCCAAGCGUCUCUAUGAGGCCUUUUUACCUGAAUGCUUCCAGAGGCCCGAGACAGACCAAGCUGCAGAGAUAUUCAUCAGGGACAAGUAUGAGAAAAAGAAGUAUAUGGAUAAGGUUAUUGACAUCCAGAUGCUCAGGAAAGAAAAAAGUUGUGACAACAUCCCUAAGGAACCUGUUGUGUUUGAGAAAAUGAAACUGAAAAAAGACGUGAGCCCGAAGACAGAUUCCCAGGCCGUUACAGAUCUACUUGGACUCGAUGCACCUACUCCCAGUCCUGCGGUGUCUAAUGGUGGAGGAUGUGUUCCAGACAGUAACGAGAGCCCGGCAGCGUCUAAUCCAGCUCAGGCCCAAUCUGCUCUGGAUCUCUUUGGUUCUCUUCCAGCCCCAUCCUCAGUGUCCUCUACGAAAACUACGCCUGCAUCCAGCUCCUUGUCUCAAAGCAGAGUGACCGCCUCAGUGCCUGAAAACCUCAGCUUGUUCAUGGAUCCAAAACCCAAAGCAGAGGAAGGCGCCGUCAAGAAGCUGUCCAAGGAUUCCAUCCUGUCCCUGUACGCCUCCACGCCUUCGCUGCACGCCAGCGGUAUGGCCACACACGGCUUAUAUAUGAACAGAAUGGGAUUCCCGACACAUCCUUACGGCCCAUACCAUUCUUUAGCCCAGGUUGGGGGGAUGGGAGGCGCCAUGAUGACAUCACAAAUGGCCAUGAUGGGUCAGCAGCAGAGUGGUGUAAUGGGGGUUCACCAGAACAGCAUGAUGGGACAGCAGAAUGGAUUAAUGGGCGGUCAGGGUGUCAUGGCUCAGCCAAGCGCCGUUGUGGCAACGCCUUACAUGACAGGAAUGGGCCAGGGAAUGAUGGGACAGCAGCAAAGUGGAAUGGUCUUGCAGCAGCAGAAUGGAGUAUUGGCUCCACAGCAGAGUGGGAUGAUGGGACAGCAGCAGGUUGGAGGCAUAGCCCCGUUACCUCACCAGCAAAUGUACGGAGUGCAACAAGGCCAGCAGCUUCAGUGGAACAUGGCUCAGAUGACUCAGCAAGUAGCUGGCAUGAAUCUCUACAGCACCAACGGCAUGGCAGGAUACAGGAGCCAACACACGGGAAGCUCAACAGCUCCGAGUUCGGCGCACAUUACGGCACACGUCUGGAAGUGAUUUUGUACACCUAAAAGCUGAAGGAACAUCUUUAAGAUGAGAGCAACAGACGGAUUGGGAACAACGCGAAACAUUUUGAAACGCAAGGCAACAGGAGGAAGAGAAGACGGGCGUGAAGAAGAUUUGGGAAAUGAUUACUACCUCUGUCUCUCUCUCCUCUCUACCUAAGCCUCCUCUCGCUGUCCCAUUCAUAGCCAUGUUCUGCAAAUUUCCAUGUUUGCCUUCAGGACAUUUUGGUACCGAGAUAACAGGGUUCAUAGACCGUUGCUUAGGCAUUCACAUCUUUAUUUGUAUUUAAUCGUUAUAUGAGAGUAUCUCCAUAUCCCCACAUGUGUAUUCAGUAGGUGUGAAGAAGCAGCUUUUGCUUUUGGAAGAUUUCUUUUUUUUUUUUUUUUGUACCUUGAGGUUGAGCACAGAUAUUCGCCUAUCCUAAAAGUCAAAUUUAUUGAGACAAGACAAAGAAAAUAUUAGGCACCUUGUGGGAUUUAUUUGUAAUCUAUGCACCAUCAGGGUUUCCUGAUGCAAGCUCAUUCAAAAGGACAAUUGCUACAUAUCGGCAUGAACCAUGUGUAAAGCAGUGGCUGCAAUAGCCAAUGGUUUGUUAUCAACACAAAAACUGAGUCCAGAAUCCAGCUUAACGUAUACUUUUUACAGGUGUUAGUUAACAGUUAUAAACACAUAAAAUAACAAAAAUUGACUAGGCUAAUUUCCAUUUUCCUAUGGCAUUUAAGGAAACAAAUAAACAGUGAUGUAACAUCCACAGUAUUGUGGAUGGUUCAACAGGCUAAGUCAAGCUUUGCUAAUUUUCCCUAUUCUUGUAGCCAGCAAAAAUAUUACUAGUCAGGAUUUUAAAUCCACAAAUUAUUCUGAUGGAAAGCUGUGUCCAUUUAAUGUAUGCUUUCUUGCAAGUAGAAGAAGCUGCUGCUAAUUACUCCAUCUGAGAAUCAAUAUAAAAUAAUGAGGCUAAUUUCCCAUUUUCUAGUGGCAUGCUAAGGUUUGCUCAAAAUGUGUUUUUAGGUGUAUAAGGCCACAUAAUAUAUUCACAUAACUUCCAGAAUAACACAGAUGAAUGAAAAGUUAAUUUCCUAUUUAUAGGACAAUUACCUUACAAGAGAAGCGGAAUAUAUUUUAUAGGAACAGACAGAAAUCAAGCUAAAAUAUGCUAGGCUAAUCUUACCUUUUCAUUAAGAUGCUAACCUUUUGCUAUUUUAGUGUGCAGGGUAGCAAAUGAAUAAGAAUAACAUUUCCAAAUGGUCACAAAUUACUUUUUCUCAAUUGUGAAAGAAACUGCUGCUAACUGUUUUAUAUGAUCAACUAAAAGUAAUGUUAAAACAAACUAUGCUAAUCCUUUUUUAGAAUUAGGAUACUAAAAUGUGCUUAGCAUUUCUCUUUUUUUGUGCAUAGGAUUGGAAAAAACAAAAGAAACAGAUUUUCCAAAUGUUUGGCAAAUGUCCUCUCUUAAAUAAAUAGCAAGUAAAGAAUAUUAUGAUGUCCAAUUUACAAAUUGCCAAAUAUUUUGAGCAAAGUGUCGCAUAUAAAGCACAUUCUCCUAAAACUGAGCUGAAACAAGCUUUGUUCCAGUGGGAUGCUAAGAUUAGCUCAAUAUAUCUUUUGAAAUGUACAAUGUAGUGAAAUAAACAACUACAAUGUUUAUUUCAUAGAACUCAUGGCAACUCAUUUUGAGGAGAGAGUCCUAUUUAAAGUGUACUUGCUAAUCUCAUUUCCAAUGACCAGCCAUGACUUAAAACAGGCUAGGCUAAUUUGUUUUCAUUUCCAGUAGUAUGCUAAAAUGAGCUAUAUAUUGGCAAUUACGUGAUUUCCUGGAAGUUUAAAAUCAUUUGAAUGGCUUUAAUGUCCUUUAUUUCUUUUCUUUCUGUAAAAGGAAUAAAAGAAAAAGGGUCCCAAGUGAAAAUAUUUGUUUUUGCUAAAAAAUCCCUUUAAGUGUUUGAGUUCCUAGAUGAACAUUGUUUUGAAACCUAGAACUGCAACAAAGCCUACCUAAACAAAAUUUCUAUAUGAUGUCUGCUUUUCAAAACACUGAGGGCUUUAUUUAAAUUAUUAAUAAAGUGUCUAAAAAAAAAAGUGCUAUACUGGAUUUUUGCAGACCAAAGAUUAGCGCUAGCUUUACUAAGACUGUACAGUAUUUUAUUUUUUUCUUUUCUCAAAUUGCCACCCAGCUAGUGACUAGUAUAAAAAUGACCACAGCAUUUGAGCUGUGUCUUUGGGAAUACCUGCUGUUACAGUUCACUGUGCUAUUGCCUCAGAAAGCGUGGGACACUCUCAAAAGAUCGCAUGUUUUUGUCGUCCUGUAACUGCUCAAACACCUUAAGCUGACUGUCCACCUUGUCCAAUUGUGGCCUCAAACAACGUUGAAUGUCCCGAAGCGAGAGUGAAACCAAGGAGGGGGUGAUUAUCCGUCACGUUUCAGAUACUUCCACAGAACUGCAUGAAAAGAAUGUUUAUCCACCAUCGACUGUGCAUACUGUACGUUUUCAGAUUACCAGAUGUUUCUAUCUACUGUAUAUUCUAAUCAGUCUGUGACCAAGACUAACAAAACUAUCAAUGAAUGUGUGUCAUGAAUGUUCUCCUGAUUGUAAUGGGUACACAGACUUGACUAUUUCUGCCAUUGUUGUUUUUUAUUUUUAAUAAUAUUUGAAUGCGUCCAACAGUGUGCAGUUGUCUUUCGAAUGUCUUGUGGUGGAAUGCCUUUCCGUCAGGUUCUGUUCCGUCGUCAUUUUGCCGCUAUGUUGGGAGCAAACUGUGAUCAGACUGAUUUAGUCAUUUGUCUUCAGGUGAUUCAGGAACACUUACAGUCUGGCCAAUAUACAAUGCGAAGUGGGAAAGAGAAUGUGCAUACACAAAUCUACCACCUUGCAAAACGUCAGAGAACCUCGUCUUUGUCUUUGCCGUUUACAGUUGCUCUUCCUUUGAAAUGCAUGAAACCAUUGCUGAAAACUCUCAGUUUUUCCACACUUGCUUAUCUUCUGUUUAACCGGUUUUGGUUCUUCAGUCACUGCUUUUGAUGCUGAAAGGGAGAGACUCAGUAAUAUCUGCACACACCCUAAGUUUCACAGCUCUGUUCUUUAAAGCUAUAUUCUUUUGUUUUUCCAGUUGGGCUAAAUUUGGGGGCCAUGUGACUAAAAUAGCUGGCUCGGCAGGAACUUUUAUCUGCUAAGAUUGUACACUGUAAUAUUAGAUUUUGUUGGAGAACACUGAGGACUUCGUGGAAAAAGUUCCCUUGUGUCCAGUCCUUUUUUCUCUGUUACAUUUCCUGGGAAAUGAAAGACAAUGAAGGAAUGUACCUUUUUGUCAUGUCAAUAUGUAGUGAGGUUUUAUUCUUUAAUAGGAUAUCUGUACAUUACAUUCAUAAACAAGAUUGAUGGAUAUGUUCUGCAUAUUAGCUCUGCAUUUUUUUCACAUGCUUUGCCUCUUUUAGUUUUGUCUUCAUGAAAUCAACAAUAAAAGUUUGAUUAAAAAUAUAUUGUCCCUGUUAUAAGAGAAAAAUAAUAUUGCCUAAAUAAAUUCUUUUUUUUUAAAGUUUCUUAAACUUUUGCAUAAAGAAAACAUACACAAAAUUAAAACAUUUUUUGUAAAAGAAACAUUAUGACCUUGUGUUGUGUGAACUUUGAUUUUGUUGCCCUCUAGUGACCAGCAACACCGACAAUAAUCUUUGCAGCAUUGAGGCCACAAAAAACAAAAAAAAACAAAAGAAUAAACAGAUAUACACAAAUUGUGAUUCAAAUGAACUUUAUUUAUUUCAGCGUCCAGAUGUCAAAGGGCAUGCAAAUACAGGCUUCAGAAUCCCAAAUUGUUUUCAAUUUUUUUUCCCCCUCAGUUUGGCUCCGUUGUUUUUUUCUUUUUUUUUUUACAAAACUACGUGCACCUUAAGUAAUCAAUUUUGCAGCGUACAAACCACAAAAAUACCAGUUUUACAUUAUCAAAUACUGCACAUAGAAAACAUUUACAAAGCACAGGUAUAAAAUUACAGCUCCCUUUUUGUUCCUCUCAACCGCAAACCCUCACACACGUCAUCACGGCCCGGUACUUUUUUUCCGACCCCGUUGCGCUGCCGACACGCCUCGGAUGGGAACGCUGAAGACAACCACGAAAGAGUUGUUCAAUCUUUAUAUGUUUUACAUCUAGAUCUGCCAGGAAUAUUACAGAUUCCAACAAAAAUAAAUCUGAAUACUGAUGUAAUUUUCGACUCUUGGAGCUGUUAGUUCUGGUUGUGUUCUGUGCUUUUAGGGGCUUGGCGAGAUGACGGGUUGAGAGACACCUGGGCCUUGUAAUAGCCUGACAGACAAAAAAUAAAUAAAUAGAAGAAAAUGUGGCUAGUAAAGCUUGUGCUAGACAACAGAUGAAAAGGAUCCAGCAGCACAAACUCGUAAACUUGCAAAUAAAAAAAUAAAAAACUAAAAUAAAAGCUCAGCGGUGAUGCCUGUCCUGUUCAUGUUGAUAGUUGCUACUCAGGCACCUUCCACACAUAAUGGGACUCCUACUGAAGAUGUGGGAAAUACCUGAAAGUCAUCUUCAGUUGGCAGAGCUGCGUCUCAAAAUGAAAUAUUUUCAAAAUGAAAAAAUAAGAGUGUGAACACACAAAUUACACAUGUUUAUGAAUGUGAUGGAGGGAAAGACAAGACUUUGUAGCUAAUAUGGAGGCUUUAUGGCCCCAAAGUGCAAUUCUUUGUUGUUUUACCUUGUACAGACCUCCGGCCAUCCUUAUCAAACCUAUCGGCUAAUGGCUAUGAAAUGGCCUCAGUGUCCUGGGAUAUUUAUACCCAAUGAAACAGAGACUCCUAACUAAAGGUUCCUAGAGACUCUGACCAGCUUAAAAAUGUCUACUGUGGCAUUUUGCAAUUGCUAUAUAACAUGAUUUUAAUGAAUUAAUCUAAGUAUUUUUCCACAUCUUCACCAGUGGUGCCAUUAGGUGUCAGCGGUAUACGGAAUGCGUACUUGCUCAAAGACAAAACGAACCUCGUUUUUCAUGAAAGCCAUCCUAACGUGUAUUCACAAUGCAGAGCAUGCUAGAUCGAGUAUACUUACUUUUAGUGCUCGAAAAGUGGUUCAAAUGUAUUUUAUUUGUGGUGGCGCAGUAACCACAGGACCAGCUCUGAUAACUGAGAAACAGGCUACAUCUAAAUGGUUAUUGCCUGAAGACGUAUCGAGGAAAACAUAAGGCCGACGCCUUGCUACGUAAAGGUACAGCAUUUAGACAACUCUCUUGCAUAUGUGUAAGUUGCCUAAUGGAAACCCCUUCACUGUGCCUUGCAGAAUCAGACAAAAAAAAAACUGUCAUAAACACCGUGCAGCAAACAUUACCUUAUUCAAAAGUAUGAGUUUGAUAAAGUGGGGACAUUGCAGGGAUAGGAUACAGAGGGUGUAAGGGGAGGAAUCAUUUCAGCUCAACAGUCAUUGUGGCGACUUCUAUGAAUCAAAAUGCCUUUUGCCAGACAGAAUUCAUGCUCCUUUCUCGUGAUACAAAUAAUAAGACGUAGAUAAUACAGUACAGUAGAAGAGAGGGGGUUGUAAAGUUCUUCAGAUAGACAAUAUAGCAAACAGGACGACAAAAAAAGUGCACAAAUUAGAAAUACAUUCAUAAAACUAUACGCAUAUAGAACUUCGGUACAUUAUUUCAAGCAAAAUAAUUGUUUUUGUUUUUGUUUUUUUUUACAAAAAACUUUCAGUUGUGUGUGUGCUACAAUAGCAAA